UUGACAUUUCAAAUUGGUCGGAAAAUGAAAACACGCUUUCUUUCAACAGAACUUCGUAAGUGAUCACGGAAUUCGCCGCGGACGGUCGGAACUGGUUCGCGGAAUCAACGCGGACGGCUGUAACUGGUUCGCGGACCUGUCGUGGAGGAAGGAGUCGACUGGUCGCGGAAUUUAACGUAGACGAUCGGAACUCAACGCGGACGGUUGGAACUGGUUCGCUGAAUCAACGCGGAUGGUCGGAAUUGGUUCGCGGACCUGUCGUGGGGGAAGGAGUUGGGGUUUAUCCUCCUGCGCAAACCCACUCCCACUGGGUGGUGUCCAAAUGGUGGUCCGACGGAAGCUGCAACUGCGACUGCUUGUAGUAUCGAUGACCGCAGCACCUCGGGUUCAAUCAGUUUCCGCGAUUGGACCGUCAGCUAACCGAUACUACUCCAAGAGUCAGCUACGAGACAAUCAUCUUUCCAUUUUGCCCACUCGCACGCUUCAGACGCCAUCAGCUUUUGCAAAUCGAGCUCAGCUGUCGGCAGCAGCAACUCACCGAAACACCUACGCCGGGGAGAUGCUCGUGACGCACGACGCGACGAGGACCGCGUACAAUCUGUUCAAAAUGUGUCCCAGCCCGCAGUCGGUCGGCAUCCUCGGCCAACUGGACAAUUUUAAUCCACCUAAAACGGACGAACUUGCUGCUGCUGAAGUGCCGAAGCAGAAGUUAGGUUUUGGAGGUGUUUGGGGCGUCGCUGGUGAGCAAACCAGCUGCCGGUGGAAAUGACUUUGCCGACUAUGCGGCGUUUCGAUCGGAGCCUGUGCCAAUGCCAGUUGCGGCGGCUGAUUAGACGAUGUUCGGUGGCCAAAACUUUCACCACGCCUGCGUCAUACCGCGCCCACUUCUUACGCGGCAGUAACAAUAUCGACACCAGCAGCAGCGCCGGUCUAAUCGACAGCGGAAUACCAACUUCGUUUGCUUCUUCCUCUUUAGCAGCAGCAUCCGCAGGGCAUCAUGAUGAAGGGAAUCACGGAGGACCGCACCACCACUAUCAAGCGUCGCAAGUCGGCGGCGUGGACGGAGAAGGUCGGGGUCAUGGACACGUAACCGGACCCGGUGAAUCACAUUGCGUUGCCGUUUGUGCUCAAGGACGAACCGCUGCAGGUAGGAUUAGUUAGUGGUUAGGGAGAAGUUCACGAGUUGAACGUUUUUUUUUGUUUCUCCUCUCAGGUGGGUGCGUCGAAGGCACCAGGUUACUGUGGAACUGACGUAUCAUCGCCGAUCAGCUCCAAAGCAUCGAGCAGCACAACGACACGAAUAGCAGUGGCCACAUGCUGCGACACUUGCAACAGCAAUUUCAGCCCGGCCGAAUCCGUCGUCAAAUGGGUAGAACGUCAUCAAAUCUCCACAGCAGUCAGAUUCCUUCGGAUCUGCUUCAGUCAUCCUACCACAUGAAACAGGCCGCGGGAAGCAAUCUAAGCAACAUUUCACCAACCCAAAACAUCCUUUUCGGCAAUUCCACCUUCGCAGAACCAUCAAUCGGCAAACUGUCGAA